AUGGUUUUAUACUGCAGAAAGAACUGUGGUGGCUCUCAACUGAGCACUGGAACAGCCCUGUAGAGGAGAGACAAUGACAUGUCUGUAGUUAGACGUGAGAGAGAGAGAGAGAGAGAGAGAGAGAGAGAGGGAGGGAGAGAGAGAGAGAGAGAGAGAGAGAGAGAGAGAGAGAGAAGAGAAAGAGAAGAGAAGAGAAGAGAAGAGAAGAGAAGAGAAGAGAAGAGAAGAGAAGAGAGAGAAAGAAAGAGAAGAGAAGAGAAGAGAAGAGAAGAGAAGAGAAGAGAAGAGAAGAGAAGAGAAGAGAAGGAGAAAGAGAAAGAUAGUAAGAGAGGUUUAAGAAAAGGGAAGCCAUGAGGGACUGGGAGACGGGGGUGAGACCCGAUGGGUUAAAUCCUAAGGGUUUUGAUCUCCCUCUCUUCUCCUCUCUUUUCCCUCUCUUUUCUUCCUGACUCAGCUCAAGUCUCACAACCUCGUUCCCCCUCUCUCUCUCCCUCCGUUGUUCAAUUAUUUUUCUCACUUUUCCCUCAAUCCAUUUCCAUCUUUCUUUAUGUUAAUGCACUCCCUCUACAUCUCCAACUGAAAUUGUAGAUCAUAGUAGAAGAAUUUAGCUUGUAGGCUCUCUCAUAUCACCACAAAAACUCAAAUGAGUGAAAUGCUCCUCUUUGGCCUCCACAGUUUAUUUGUUAAUUCUCAGUUUGUGUAUAAUGACGCUGGAUGUAUGUACUGUAACAACAACACAGCUGUGUAUGUAACAUUAACACAUGAUGUUUGUAACCAUAUUUAUGCACUCUUCUCUAUCUCUCUCCAUCUCUCUCCCCCUCCCCAUUUCCCCCUCUGUCCUUCUCCUACCCCAGUGUGGACAGCGCGUUUCUCCCAGGAGCCAGCGGACCAGUCGGUAGUGCGGGGCCAGAGGGUGAUUCUGUCCUGUGUUGUGUUUAACUACUCAGGCAUUGUGCAGUGGACCAAGGAUGGACUGGCCCUGGGCAUCGGAGAGGACCUCAGGGGUGAGACUAGUACAACUCUAACACCACCCAACACAAAACAACACCCAAAGCCCAACACCCAACACCCAGUCUAGUUGCCCUCCUUAAAAAGCCUCUCUGUAUUUUGCCCUGUUUUUCUUUUAUUUUCUCUGUAUUUUCUCUGUGUCUGUCUCUCUGUGCCUGUCUCUCUGUGUCUGUCUCUUUGUGUCUGUCUCUCUGUGUCUGUCUCUCUGUGCCUGUCUCUCUGUGUCUGUCUCUUUGUGUCUAUCUCUCUGUGUCUGUCUCUCUGUGUCUGUCUCUCUGUGUCUAUCUCUCUGUGUCUGUCUCUCUGUGUCUGUUUCUCUGUGUCUGUCUCUCUGUGUCUGUCUCUCUGUGUCUAUCUCUCUGUGCCUGUCUCUCUGUGUCUGUCUCUCUGUGUCUGUCUCUUUGUGCCUGUCUCUCUGUGUCUGUCUCUUUGUGUCUGUCUCUCUGUGUCUGUCUCUCUGUGCCUGUCUCUUUGUGCCUGUCUCUCUGUGUCUGUCUCUUUGUGUCUGUCUCUCUGUGUCUGUCUCUCUGUGUCUGUCUCUCUGUGCCUGUCUCUCUGUGUCUGUCUCUUUGUGUCUGUCUCUCUGUGUCUGUCUCUCUGUGCCUGUCUCUCUGUGUCUGUCUCUUUGUGUCUGUCUCUCUGUGUCUGUCUCUCUGUGUCUGUCUCUCUGUGUCUAUCUCUCUGUGUCUGUCUCUCUGUGUCUGUUUCUCUGUGUCUGUCUCUCUGUGUCUGUCUCUCUGUGUCUAUCUCUCAGUGCCUGUCUCUCUGUGUCUGUCUCUCUGUGUCUGUCUCUUUGUGCCUGUCUCUCUGUGUCAGUCUCUCUUUGCCUGUCUCUCUGUGUCUGUCUCUCUGUGUCUGUCUAUCUGUGUCUGUCUCUCUGUGCCUGUCUCUCUGUGCCUGUCUCUCUGUGCCUGUCUCUCUGUGUCUGUCUCUCUGUGUCUAUCUCUCUGUGCCUGUCUCUCUGUGUCUGUCUCUUUGUGCCUGUCUCUCUGUCUGUCUCUCUGUGUCUAUCUCUCUGUGCCUGUCUCUCUGUGUCUGUCUCUUUGUGCCUGUCUCUCUGUGUCUGUCUCUCUUUGCCUGUCUCUCUGUGUCUGUCUCUCUGUGUCUGUCUCUCUGUGCCUGUCUCUCUGUGCCUGUCUCUCUGUGUCUGUCUCUUUGUGCCUGUCUCUCUGCAUCUGUCUCUCUGUGUCUGUCUCUGUCUGUCUCUCUGUGCCUGUCUCUCUGUGUCUGUCUCUCUGUGUCUGUCUCUCUGUGCUUGUUUCUCUGUGUCUGUCUCUCUGUGUCUGUCUCUUUGUGCCUGUCUCUCUGUGCCUGUCUCUCUGUGUCUGUCUCUCUGUGCCUGUCUCUCUGUGUCUGUCUCUUUGUGCCUGUCUCUCUGUGUCUGUCUCUCUUUGCCUGUCUCUCUGUGUCUGUCUCUCUGUGUCUGUCUCUCUGUGUCUGUCUCUCUGUGUCUGUCUCUCUGUGUCUGUCUCUCUGUGCCUGUCUCUCUGUGUCUGUCUCUUUGUGCCUGUCUCUCUGUGUCUGUCUCUCUUUGCCUGUCUCUCUGUGUCUGUCUCUCUGUGUCUGUCUCUCUGUGCCUGUCUCUCUGUGCCUGUCUCUCUGUGUCUGUCUCUCUGUGUCUAUCUCUCUGUGCAUGUCUCUCUGUGUCUGUCUCUCUGUGCCUGUCUCUCUGUGUCUGUCUCUCUGUGCCUGUCUCUCUGUGCCUGUCUCUCUGUGCCUGUCUCUCUGUGUCUUUUUCUCUGUGUCUAUCUCGCUGUGCCUGUCUCUCUGUGUCUGUCUCUCUGUGCCUGUCUCUCUGUGUCUGUCUCUUUGUGCCUGUCUCUCUGCGUCUGUCUCUCUGUGUCUGUCACUGUCUGUCUCUCUGUACCUGUCUCUCUGUGUCUGUCUCUCUGUGUAUGUCUCUCUGUGCCUGCUUCUCUGUGUCUGUCUCUCUGUGCCUGUCCUUCUGUGUCUGUCUCUUUGUGCCUGUCUCUCUGUGCCUGUCUCUCUUUGCCUGUCUCUCUGUGUCUGUCUCUCUGUGUCUGUCUCUCUGUGCCUGUCUCUCUGUGUCUGUCUCUCUGUGUCUCUCUCUGUGUCUCUCUCUGUGUCUGUCUCUCUUUGCCUGUCUCUCUGUGUCUGUCUCUCUGUGUCUGUCUCUCUGUGCCUGUCUCUCUGUGCCUGUCUCUCUGUGUCUGUAUCUCUGUGUAUAUCUCUCUGUGCAUGUCUCUCUGUGUCUGUCUCUCUGUGCCUGUCUCUCUGUGUCUGUCUCUCUGUGUCUGUCUAUCUGUGUCUGUCUCUCUGUGCCUGUCUCUCUGUGCAUGUCUCUCUGUGUCUGUCUCUCUGUGCCUGUCUCUCUGUGUCUGUCUCUCUGUGUCUGUCUCUCUGUGCCUGUCUCUCUGUGUCUGUCUCUCUGUUUCUAUCUCUCUGUGCCUGUCUCUCUGUGUCUGUCUCUCUGUGCCUGUCUCUCUGUGUCUGUCUCUUUGUGCCUGUCUCUCUGCGUCUGUCUGUCUGUGUCUGUCUCUGUCUGUCUCUCUGUGCCUGUCUCUCUGUGUCUGUCUCUCUGUGUCUGUCUCUUUGUGCCUGUCUCUCUGCUCCUGUUUCUCUGUGUCUGUCUCUCUGUGCCUGUCUCUCUGUGUCUGUCUCUUUGUGCCUGUCUCUCUGUGCCUGUCUCUCUUUGCCUGUCUCUCUGUGUCUGUCUCUCUGUGUCUGUCUCUCUGUGCCUGUCUCUCUGUGUCUGUCUCUCUGUGUCUCUCUCUGUGUCUCUCUCUGUGCCUGUCUCUCUGUGUCUGUCUCUUUGUGCCUGUCUCUCUGUCUGUCUCUCUUUGCCUGUCUCUCUGUGUCUGUCUCUCUGUGUCUGUCUCUCUGUACCUGUCUCUCUGUGUCUGUCUCUCUGUGUCUCUCUCUGUGUCUCUCUCUGUGCCUGUCUCUCUGUGUCUGUCUCUCUGUGCCUGUCUCUCUGUGUCUGUCUCUCUGUGUCUGUCUCUCUGUGCCUGUCUCUCUGUGUCUGUCUCUUUCUGUCUCUCUCUCUGUCUUUCAAUCUCAGGCUCUCAAUACAAUUCAAAGGGCUUUAUUGGCAUAGGAAACAUUUACGUUUACGUUGCCAAAGCAAGUGAAAUAGAUAAUAAACAAAAGUGAAAUAAACAAUCAGAAAUUAACAGUAAACAUUACACUAAAGUUUCAAAGGACAUUUCAAAUGUCAUAUUAUGGCUAUGUACAGUGUUGUAACGAUGUUCAAAUAGUUAAAGUACAAAAGGGAAAAUAAAUCAAUAUAAAUAUGGGUUGUAUUUACAAUGGUGUUUCUUGUGGCAACAUGUCACAAAUCUUGCUGCUGUAAUGGCACACUGGUAUUUCACCUAAUAAUUUAGAUAUGGGAGUUUAUCAAAAUUGGAUUUGUUUUCUAAUUCUUUGUGGGUCUGUGUAAUCUGAGGGAAAUAUGUGUCUCUAAUAUGGUCAUACAUUUGGCAGGAGGUUAUGAAGUGCAGCUCAGUUUCAACCUCAUUUUGUGGGCAGUGUGCACAUAGCCUGUCUUCUCCUGAGAGCCAGGUCUGCCUACGGUGGCCUCUCUCGAUAGCAAGGCUAUGCUCACUGAGACUUUACAUAGUCAAAGAUUUCCUUAAGUUUGGGUCAGUCACAGUGGUCAGGUAUUCUGCCACUGUGUACUCUCUGUUUAGGGCCAAAUAGCAUUCCAGUUUGCUCGGUUUUUUGGUUAAUUCUUUCCAAUGUGUCAAGUAAUUCUCUUUUUGUUUUCUCAUGAUUCGGUUGGGUCUAAUCGUGUUGCUGUCCUGGGGCUCUGUGGGGUCUGUUUGUGUUUGUGUACAGAGCCCUAGGACCAGCUUGCUUAGGGGACUCUUAUCUAGCUUAAUCUUUCUGUAGGUGAUGGCUUUGUUAUGGACGGUUUGGGAAUCUCUUCCUUUUAGGUGGUUGUAGAAUUUAAUGGCUCUUUUCUGGAUUUUGAUAAUUAGCGGGUAUCGUCAUAAUUCUGCUCUGCAUGCAUUCUUUGAUAUUUUACGUUGUACACAGAGGAUGUUUUUGCAGAAUUCUGCAUGCAGAGUCUCAAUUUGGUGUUUGUCCCAUUUUGUGAAUUCUUGGUUGGUGUGUGGACCCCAGACCUCACAACCAUAAAGGGCAACUGAUUCAAGUAUUUUUUGCCAGAUCCUAAUUGGGAUGUCGAUCAUUUUAUGUUCCUUUUGAUGGCAAAGAAGGCUCUUCUUGCCUUGUCUCUCAGAUCGUUCACAGCUUUGUGGAAGUUACCUGUAGUGCUGAUGUUUAGGCUGACGUAUGUAUAGUUUUUUGUGUGCUCUAGGGCAACGGUGUCUAGAAGGAAUUUGUAUUUGUGGUCCUGGCUUUUUCUCUCUCUCUCUCUAUCUAACUAUCCAUCUCUCUAUACCUACAUUACCGGUCAAAAGUUUUGGAACACCUACUCAUUCAAGGGUUUUUGUUUAUGUUUACUAUUUUCUGAUGAAAGCUUUGCACACUCUUGGCAUUCUCUCAACCAGCUUCAUGGGGUAGUCACCUGGAAUGCAUUUCAAUUAACAGGUGUGCCUUCUUAAAAGUUAAUUUGUGGAAUUUCUUUCCUUCUUAAUGCGUUUGAGCCAAUCAGUUGUGUUGUGACAAGUAAGGGGGGUAUGCAGAAGAUAGCCCUAUUUGGUAAAAGACCAAGUCCAUAUUAUGGCAAGAACAGCUCAAAUAUGCAAAGGGAAACAACAGUCCAUCAUUACUUUAAGACAUGAAGGUCAGUCAAUCCGGAAAAUUUCAAGAACUUUGAACGUUUCUUCAAGUGCAGUCGCAAAAACCAUCAAGCGCUAUGAAGAAACUGGCUCUCAUGAGGACCGCCACAGGAAUGGAAGACCCAGAGUUACCACUGCUGCAGAGGAUAAGUUCAUUAGAGUUACCAGCCUCAGAAAUUGCAGCCCAAAUGCUUCACAGAGUUCAAGUAACAGACACAUUUCAACAUCAACUGUUCAGAGGAGACUCUGUGAAUCAGGCCUUCAUGGUCGAAUUGCUGCAGAGAAACCACUACUAAAGGACACCAAUAAUAAGAAGAGACUUGCUUGGGCCAAGAAACACGAGCAAUGGACAUUAGACAGGUGGACAUUUGUCCUUUGGUCUGGAGUCCAAAUUUGAGAUUUUUGGUUCUGACCGCUGUGUCUUUGUGAUGACCUCCGCAUGUGUAUUUCCCACCGUAAAGCAUGGAGGAGGAGGUGUUAUGGUGUGGGGGUGCUUUGCUGGUGACACUGUCUGUGAUUUAUUUAGAAUUCAAGGCACACUUAACCAGCAUGGCUACCACAGCAUUCUGCAGCGAUACGAAGUCCCAUCUGGUUUGGGCUUAAUAGGACUAUCAUUUGUUUUUCAACAGGACAAUGACCCAACACACCUCCAGGCUGUGUAAGGGCUAUUUUACCAAGAAGGAGAGUGAUGGAGUGCUGCAUCAGAUGACCUGGCCUCCACAAUCCCCCGACCUCAACCAAAUUGAGAUGGUUUGGGAUGAGUUAGACCGCAGAGUGAAGGAAAAGCAGCCAACAAGUGCUCAGCAUAUGUGGGAACUCCUUCAAGACUGUUGGAAAAGCAUUCCUCAUGAAGCUGGUUGAGAGAAUGCCAAGAGUGUGCAAAGCUGUCAUCAAGGCAAAGGGUGGCUAUUUGAGGAAUCUCAAAUAUAACAUAUAUUUGAUAUGUUAAAUACUUUUUUGGUUACUACAUGAUUCCAUAUGUGUUAUUUCAUAGUUUUAAUGUCUUCGCUAUUAUUCUACAAUGUAGAAAAUAGUAAAAAGAAAGAAAAACCCUUGAAUGAGUAGGUGUUCUAAAACUUUGGACUGGUAGUGUAUAUCUCUGUAGUAUACACAAUAACUACUCAUGGUGUGAUUUUGGUAAUGUACAGGAACUUCAAGUAAUUUUGUUCACCCGACCUAGAAUAACUCACAAUCAAAUGUCGACCGCAUUACCUCUGUAGAGAAUUUUCUUCGUUUAGCGUCACAGCCAUGUAUAUUCCACCUCAAGCCGAUACCACGAUGGCUCUCAAUGAACUACAAUGGACCUUGUGCAAACUGGAAACUGCCUAUCCUGAGGCAGCAUUUAUUAUAGCUGGGGACUUUAAUAAAGCAAAUCUAAGGAAAAUGCUACCGAAGUUCUAUCAACACAUCGCCUGCAGGACUCACGCUUCAAAAACUCUCAACCAUUGUUACUCUCCCUUCCGGGAUGGCUACAAGGCCCUCCCCCGCCCUCCCUUCGGCAAAUCAGAUCACGACUCCAUUAUGCUCCUCCCUUCCUAUAGGCAGAAACUCAAACAAGAAGUACCCGUGCUAAGGUCUAUUCAAUGCUGGUCUGACCAAUCGGAAUCCAUGCUUCAAGACUGUUUUGAUCACGCGGACUGGGAUAUGUUCCGGGUUGCCUCUGAGAAUUGACAUAUGCACUGACACGGUGGCUGAGUUCAUCAGGAAGUGUAUAGGGGAUGUUGUUCCCACUGUGAUGAUUAAAACCUAUCCAAACCAAAAACCGUGGAUAGAUGGCAGCAUUCGCGCAAAACUGAAAGCGCAAAUCACCACAUUUAACCACCCCAAGGUGACUGGGAAUAUGAUUGAAUACAAACAGUCCAGUUAUGCCCUCUGUAAGGCAAUCAAACAGGCAAAACAUCAGUACAGAGACAAAGUGUAGUCGCAAUUCAACGGCUCAGUCACAAGACUUUUGUGGCAGGGCCUCCAGACAAUCACGGAUUAUAAAGGGAAAACCAGCCACGUCGCGGACACCGACGUCUUGCUCCGGGACAAGAUGAACACCUUCUUCGCCCGCUUUGAGGAUAUCACAGUGCCAUCGACACAGGGCGCUCCCGAGGACUGUGAGAUCUCGUUCUCCGAUGUGAGUAAGACAUUUAAGCAUGUUAACCCUCGCAACGCUGCCGGCCCAGACGGCAUCCCUAGCCACGUAGUCAGAGCAGAGCAUGCGCAGACCAGCUGGCUGGAGUGUCUACCAGGGGCGGUGUGUUCAAUAGGGCGAUAUGGGCGACGCACUGCCAAACGGGAAAAGGAAGGGAUUUUUUUUCUAAUCAAUUAUAUCACGGCAACAGUAGUUAUCAGUGUUGUAAUCUAGACGUCUGAUCUGCCACAGUGCCACUAAAUGUCCAAUCAGGCUAAAGUCGUGCUUCAAAUGGCACCCCCCCCCCUUUUGGGGCGAUUUCAGUCAGGUUGAAAAUCGCCCAGAAGUCUGUCAUAGACUCCCAUGUAAAAUCUAUUUUUUUCAAAUAUCAGAGCUUUCAAUACAAUCUCUAUGGGUUUCUGAGGGCUUGCACUUACGCGCUUUCGUCAUACGUAACAUAACCAUGAACGUAACUAAGAAAAGAGCGGGUAGCAGCGUCAAUCAAUUCACUACUACUAUCAAAAUGGCUAGGCUUCAGUGCAACUCGAUUGUGUCUUUGAAAGAAGUUCCUUUUUGUCGGCGAACAAAUGAAGAUAAAUUGGCAACGAAACAAUUAGGACCUCCCAGACCAAAUUUAAUAAUUCAACAGGUUUCUACUAAAGGGGGGAAGUCCUACACCUGAGGAUUUUCCAAAAAUUGGUACGAACGAAAAACCUGGCUAGCAGGCUGCGAUGUAGCUAAUGCAGUCUUCUGCUACCCCCUGCUUACUCUUUCACCCUGAAGGCGGCACGGCAGACAGCACCGCUUGGACAGCGACUGGUGUGUAACGGACAUGCACCAUCUUUCAGGAAAGAUUAAGAAACAUGAGCUGUCAAAGACCCACAUGGAUAGCUGUUUGAGAUUGUCUGCUUUGGGGAGAGUGAACAUUCCCACUCAACUGGAUGAGGGAUACAGGCUAGCUGUCCGCCGCCACAACGAUGAGGUUAGUGUUGAUAAUCACAAGUUUACUGGAGAACUGAAACUGACAAGGCUGACAAGAUAGGACCCUUUUGUCCAUUGUUAUUGGAUAGGAACAGAACUUAUAACCAGCUCCUGACCUAAAUAGAUCUUAGCACAACAUUUUACUCAACAUAUCAUAUUCCAUAUUCACUAUAACAAAUAUAUUUACUACGACAUUAGCAAGAACCGCCACAUCCUCAGCCGGCUAAUCCAGUGUGUGAAGUUUUGCGGAGUGUUUGAGUUAGCUUUGCGAGGCAAAGAUGAAACUGAGGGCUCCACCAACCCUGGUAAGCCAACACUUUUGAGAUCAGUCAAUAAAUGCUUCUGGUAUUGACUUAUAUGCUGCCCCUGUCUUCAUGUUGUUGCUGGACAUAUCUUUUUUUAAAUGUGUGUAGGUCACCUAAAUCAUCAGAAAAAUUGCCCCCCCUGAGAAUUUUUUCAGGAGCCGCCACUGGUGUCUACUGACAUAUUCAAUAUCUCCCUAUCCCAGUCUGUUGUCCCCACUUGCUUCAAGAUGUCCACCAUUGUUCCUGAACCCAAGAAAGCGAAGGUAACUGAAGUAAAUGACUAUUGCCCCAUCCCAUCUGGACAAGAGGAAUACCUAUGUAAGAAUGCUGUUCAUUGACCACAGCUCAGCCUUCAACACCAUAGUACCCUCCAAGCUCAUCAUUAAGCUCGGGGCCCUGGGUUUGAACCCCGUCCUGUGCAACUGGGUCCUGGACUUCCUGUUGGGCUGCCCCCAGGUGGUGAAGGUAGGCAACAACACCUCCACUACGCUGAUCCUCAACACUGGGGCCCCACAAGGGUGCGUGCUCAGCCCCCUCCUGUACUCCCUGUUUACCUAUGACUAUGUGGCCAUGCACACCUCCAACUCAAUCAACAAGUUUGCAGACAACACAAAAGUGGUAGGCCUGAUUACCAACAAUGACGAGACAGCCUACAGGGAGGAGGUGAGGGCCCUGGCAGACUGGUGCCAGGGAAAUAACCUCUCCCUCAACGUCAACAAAAUGAAAGGGGCUGAUCGUUGGACUUCAGGAGACAGCAGAGGAAGCACGCCCCCAUCCACAUCAACAGGGCUGCAGUGGAGAAGGUGAAAAGCUUCAAGUUCCUCUGCAUACACAUCACUGACAAUCUGAAAUGGUCCAUCCACACAGACAGUGUGGUGAAGAAGGCGCAACAGCGCAUCUUCAACCUCAGGAGGCUGAAAAAAUUCAGCUUGGCCCCUAAGACCCUUACAAACUUUUACAGAAGCACCAUUGAGAGCAUCCUGCCGGGCUGUAUCACCACCUGGUACAGCAACUGCACCACCCGCAAAUGCAAGGCUCUCCCAAUGCAUCACCGGGACCACACUGCCUGCCCUUCAGGACAUCUACAACACCCGGUGUCACAGGAAGGCCAAGAAGAUCUUCAAGGACCUCAGCCACCCGAGCCACGGCCUGUUCACCCCGCUAUCAUCCAGAAGGCGAGGUCAGUACAGGUGCAUCAAAGCUGGGACCGAGAUAUUGAAAAACAGCUUCUAUCUCAAGGCCAUCGGACUGUUAAAUAGCCAUCACUAGCCGGCCUCCACCCAGUACCCUGCCCUGAAUUUAGUCAUUGUCACUAGCCGGCUACCACCCAGUUACUCAUCCCUGCAUCUUAGAGGCUGCUGCCCUAUGUACGUAGACAUGGAACGCUGGUCACUUUAAUAAUGGAACACUGGUCACUUUAAUAAUGUUUACAUACUGUAUUACCCAUUUCAUAUGUAUAUACUGUAUUCUAGUCAAUGCCUGCCUAUUCAACUAUUGCUUUACAAUACUAUUCUAUCCACACAUUCUACAUAUAUACUAUAUAUUCUAUAUAUUCUAUCCACAUACAGUCCAUAAUGUCUAUACAUCCCAUCACAUAUACAGUACCAGUCAAAAGUUUGGACACACCUACUCAUUCCUGGGUUUUCUUUAUUUUUACUAUUUUCUACAUUGUAGAAUAAUAGUGAAGACAUCCAAACUAUGAAAUAACACAUAUGGAAUCAUGUAGUAACCAAAAAUAUUUUAUAUUUGAGAUUCUUCAAAGUAGCCACCCUUUGCCUUGAUGACAGCUUUGCACACUCUUGGCAUUCUCUCAACCAGCUUCAUGAAGAAUGCUUUUCCAACAGUCUUGAAGGAGUUCCCACAUAUGCUGAGCACUUGUUGGCUGCUUUUCCUUCACUCUGCGGUCCAACUCAUCCCAAACCAUCUCAAUUGGGUUGAGGUCGGGUGAUUGUGGAGGCCAGGUCAUCUGAUGCAGCACUCCAUCACUCUGCUUGGUCAAAUACACCUUACACAGCCUGGAGGUGUGUUUUGGGUCAUUGUCCUGUUGAAAAACAAAUGAUAGUCCCACUAAGCACAAACCAGAUGGGAUGGCGUAUCACUGUAGAAUGCUGUGGUAACCAUGCUGGUUAAGUGUGCCUUGAAUUCUAAAUAAAUCACAGACAGUGUCACCAGCAAAGCACCUACACACCAUCACACCUCCUCUUUCAUGCUUCACGGUGGGAACCACACUACUCUGCAUCUCACAAAGACAAGGCGGUUGGAACCAAAAAUCUCCAAUUUGGACUCAUCAGACCAAAAAACUGAUUUACACCGGUCUAAUGUCCGUUGCUCGUGUUUCUUGGCCCAAGCAAGUCUCUUCUUCUUAUUGGUGUCCUUUAGUAGUGGUUUCUUUGCAGCAAUUCGACCAUGAAGGCCUGAUUCACGCAGUCUCCUCUGAACAGUUGAUGUUGUGAUGUGUCUGUUACUUGAACUCUGUGAAGCAUUUAUUUGAGUUGCAAUCUGAGGUGCAGUUAACUCUAAUGAACUUAUCCUCUGCAGCAAAGGUAACUCUGGGUCUUCCUUUCCUGUGGCGGUCCUCAUGAGAGCCAGUUUCAUCAUAGCGCUUGAUGGUUUUUGCAACUGCACUUGAAGAAACUUUCAAAGUUCUUGAAAUUUUCCGGAUUGACUGACCUUCAUGUCUUAAAGUAAUGAUGGACUGUCAUUUCUCUUUGCUUAUUUUAGCUGUUCUUGCCAUAAUAUGGACUUGGUCUUAUACCAAAUAGGGCUAUCUUCUGUAUACCCCCCUACCUUGUCACAACACAACUGAUUGGCUCAAACGCAUUAAGAAGGAAAUAAAUUCCACAAAUGAACUAUUAAGAAGGCACACCUGUUAAUUGAAAUGCAUUCCAGGUGACUACCUCAUGAAGCUGGUUGAGAGAAUGCCAAGAGUGUGCAAAGCUGUCAUCAAGGCAAAGGGUGGCUACUUUGAAGAAUCUCAAAUAUAAAAUAUAUUUUGAUUUGUUUAACACUUUUUUGGUUACUACAUGAUUCCAUAUGUGUUAUUUCAUAGUUUUGAUGUCUUCACUAUUAUUCUACAAUGUAGAUAGUAAAAAUAAAGAAAAACCCUGGUAUGAGUAGGUGUGUCCAAACUUUUGACUGAUACUGUAUAUAAUGAACAAAAAUAUAAACGAAACAUGUAAAGUGUUGGUCCCAUGUUUCAUGAGCUGAAAUAAAAGAUCCCAGAAAUGUUCCAUAGGCACAAAAAGCUUAUUUCUCUCAAAUUUGGUGUACACAUUUGUUUACAUCCCUGUUAGUGAACAUUUCUCCUUUGCCAAGACAGGUGUGGCAUAUCAAGAAGCUGAUUAAACAGAAUGAUCAUUACACAGGUGCACCUUGUGCUGGGGACAAUUAAAGGCCACUCUAAAAUGUGCAGUUUUGUCACACAACACAAUGCCACAGAUGUCUCAAGUUUUAAGGGAGCAUGGAAUUGGCAUGCUGACUGCAGGAAUGUCCACUAGAGCUUUUGCCAGAGAAUGUAAUGUUAAUUUCUCUACCAUAAGUUGCCUCCAACGUCGUUUUAGAGAAUUCGGCAGUACAUCCAACUAGCCUCACAACCGCAGACCACGUGUAACCACACCAGCCCAGGACCUCCACAUCCGGCUUCUUCACCUACAGGAUCGUCUGAGACCAGCCACCCGGACAGCUGAUGAAACUGAGGAGAAUUUCUGUCUGUAAUAAAGCCCUUUUGUGGGGAAAAAUUCUGAUUGGCUGGGCCUGGCUCCCAAGUGGGUGGGCCUAUGCCCUCCAUAGAUUAGGGCCUAAUUAAUCUAUUUUAAUUGACUGAUUUUCUUAUAUGAACUGUAACUCAGUAAAAUUUUUGAAAUUGUUGCAUGUUGCGUUUAUAUUUUUGUUACGUAUAUAUAAACGUCCCUUUUUAUGGACCCUGUCUUUCAAAGAUAAUUCGUAAAAAUCCAAAUAACUUCACAGAUCUUCAUUGUAAAGGGUUUAAACACUGUUUCCCAUGCUUGUUCAAUGAACCAUAAACAAUUAUUGAACAUGCACCUGUGUAACGGUCGUUAAGACACUAACAGCUUACAGACGGUAGGCAAUUAAGGUCACAGUUAUGAAAACUUAGGACACUAAAGAGGCCUUUCUACUGACUCUGAAAAACACCAAAAGAAAGAUGCCCAGGGUUCCUGCUCAUCUGCGUGAACGUGCCUUAGGCAUGCUGCAAGGAGGCAUGAGGACUGCAGAUGUGGCCAGGGCAAUACAUUGCAAUGUCUGUACAGUGAGAUGCCUAAGACAGCGCUACAGGGAGACAGGACGGACAGCUGAUCGUCCUCGCAGUGGCAGACCACGUGUAACAACACCUGCACAGGAUCUGUACAUCCGAACAUCACACCUGCGGGACAGGUACAAGAUGGAAACAACAACUGUCCGAGUUACACCAGGAACGCACAAUCCCUCCAUCAGUGCUCGGACUGUCCGCAAUAGGCUGAGAGAGGCUGGACUGAGGGCUUGUAGGCCUGUUGUAAUGGCGGGUCGUCACCAGACAUCACUGGCAACAACGUCGCCUAUGGGCACAAACCCACCGUCGCUGGACCAGACAGGAAUGGAAAAAAGUGCUGUUCACUGACGAGUCGCGGAUUUGUCUCACCAGGGAUGAUGGUCGGAUUCGCGUUUAUCGUCGAAGGAAUGAGCGUUACACCGAGGCCUGUACUCUGGAGCGGGAUCGAUUUGGAGGUGGAGGGUCCAUCAUGGUCUGGGGCAGUGUGUCACAGCAUCAUCGGACUGAGCUUGUUGUCAUUGCAGGCAAUCUCAACGCUGUGUGUUACAGGGAAGACAUCCUCCUCCCUCAUGUGGUACCCUUCCUGCAGGCUCAUCCUGACAUGACCCUCCAGCGUGACAAUGCAACCAGCCAUACUGCUCGUUCUGUGCGUGGUUUCCUGCAAGACAGGAAUGUCAGUGUUCUGCCAUGGCCAGCGAAGAGCCCGGAUCUCAAUCCCAUUGAGCACGUCUGGGACCUGUUGGAUCGGAGGGUGAGUGCUAGGGCCAUUCCCCCCAGAAAUGUCCGGUAACUUGCAGGUGCCUUGGUGGAAGAGUGGGGUAACAUCUCACAGCAAGAACUGGCAAAUCUGGUGCAGUCCAUGAGGAGGAGAUGCACUGCAGUACUUAAUGCAGCUGGUGGCCGCAACAGAUACUGACUGUUACUUUUGAUUUUGACCCCCCCCUUUGUUCAGGGACACAUUAUUCAAUUUCUGUUAGUCACAUGUCUGUGGAACUUGUUCAGUUUAUGUCUCAGUUGUUGAAUCUUGUUAUGUUCAUACUAUUUUGAUUUUACUUUUCGAUCUGUGUGCAUUGUUGUGAAUGUUAGAUACUACUGCACUGUUGGAGAAAGGAACACAAGCAUUUCGCUACACCCACAAUAACUUCUGCUAAAUAUGUGUAUGUGACCAAUAACAUUUUAUUUUAUUUCAUAUUCUCUCUCUCCUACUUAAAUAAAGGCUUGUUAUUCUAUCUUUCAUGCCACACUUUCGCCCUCUUUCCGCUCUCUCUUUCUUUGCAGCCUUCUCUCCCUGUUUCUCCCUCUCUCUCCUUCUCUAUUUGCCUCUGUUCAUGCUCAACCCCUCUAUCAUUAUUCACUCUCCCUCCCUCUCUCCCCCCUCUGCCACUCUCUUUCUCUCCUUCACACUCUUUGCCUCUGCUCUCUCUCAAACCCUGUCUCAUUCUUUCUCUCACUCCCUUCCUCUGCUGCUUUCUCCCCUCGUCCUGUUCAUCUGUCCCCUCACCAUUCCUCUCUCUCUCUCUCUCUCUCUCGCUCGCUCUCUCUCUCCCCCUCUCUCUCUCCGUCUCUUUUAAUCACAUUGUUACUGUAAUGGUUCAGUGCUUCAAGCCAAAGCUUUUAAAUAGAAACAUGUGAAUGAACACUGGUUCCCUUAUACACACGCUCCCUCUCCCUGCCUCUCUCCCUCGCUCUCUCCCUGCCUCUCUUCCUCGCUCCCUCUCUCCCGUGCUCUUUCUCUCCUCCCUCUCUCCCUCUCUCUCUCUUUCCCUCCCUCACUCUCUCUCCCUCUCCCUGCCCAUCUCCCUAGCUCCUUCUCCAUUUUAGUCAUUUAGCAGACGCUCUUACCCUCGCUCCUUCUCCCUCUCCCUUUAUCUCUCCCUUGCCCUCUAUCCCUUUCAUACGCUUUCGCUCGUUUGACAUUUCACAUGCAAAUACAUGCGUAGACAACACACAGACACACAUGCUAUGCCACGUACAAGGACACACAAGGUUAGGGAGGGCAAGCUAAUUUGAAGCAUACAGUACAUGCUACAGUGACAGAGAGAUUCAGAUGGAAUUUAUGUAUAGGAGAGAGGACAUGAAAUCUGCACCAGCAUUUCUGUCCGUUUGGAGUCCUCUAAAACGUUGUUGUCAUAAUGCAUGCAUUUCUUCUCUGGCUGGAGAAAGAGAGCAUGGUUGCCACCUACUGGGGAGAAUGUAUAGCACCACUGAAUCUGUGAAAGAGAGCAUGGGUUGCCACCUACUGGGGAGAAUGUAUAGCACCACUGGAUCUGUGAAAGAGAGCGAGAGAGCGACAGGCAGAGAGAGAGUGCGCACACAUGCGCAUGUAUGUGAAUAUGUGCAUGGUUGUGUGCAUUUGCAUAAGGGAUUAUGCACAGAUGUUUUUUGUUUGCCAUCGUUACAUUCAAUACAUUCCAAAUGAGCUUUUCCUUCUCAUUUAUCAUUCAACCAGCCUCCACUGGUUGUCCCUAUAUGUCUGACUCUCUCCCUUCCCUCCAGCCUGGCCGAGGUACCGUGUGAUGCGGGUGCAGGAACUGGGCCAGUAUAACCUGGAGAUCAUCUCAGCUGAGCUGUCUGAUGACUCCCUGUACGAGUGUCAGGCCCCAGACGCAGCACUACGUUCUAGAAGAGCCAAACUCACUGUCCUCAGUAAGAUACAGCAACUGUGUGUGUGUACAUACGUGUGUGUGUGUGUGUCUGUGUCUGUGUGUGUGUGUGUGUGUGCGUAACCCCCCUCUCCUGUGUCCAGUCCCCCCAGAUGACCCAGUGAUCGACGGGGCCCCUGAGGUGCUGUUGAAUGCAGGUGACCACUAUAACCUGAGCUGUGUGUCCCGCGGGGCCAAGCCCCCUGCCAUGAUAGAGUGGCAAAAAGACGGCCUCCCCGUAGACGGAGCAGUCAGCACCACCGUGAGUCAAUUAAACAUGCAUCUACACAUACAGUACCAGUCAAAAUUUUGGACACACCUACUCAUUCAAGGGUUUUUCUAUAUUUUUACUAUUUUCUACAUUGUAGAAUAAUAGUGAAGACAUCAAAACUAUGAAAUAACACAUAUGGAAUCAUAUAGUAACCAAAAGAGUGUUUUAAAAAAUCUAAAUAUAUUUUAUAUUUAAGAUUCUUCAAAGUAGCCACCCUUUGUCUUGAUGACAGCUUUGCACAGUCUUGGACUCAAUCAUGUUUCACCUAUACUCUUUCUCAUCCUUAUAUUGGCUGCCUUGUCUUCCUUCUUCUUCUCCCUUCUCUCUCCAUCAGGAGGUGCUCCCAGACAGGAAGAGGGUGACGACCCACAGCUUCCUGCCCAUCCACCCAGUGGACACAGACACAGGGAGGAACUACAGCUGUGUGGCCAGCAACCUGGCUAUCCCCACUGGGAAACACACCACCGUCACCCUCAACGUACACCGUAAGUCACCCUCAACGUACACCGUAACGACUUGUUCAUAACAUCCCCUUAGCUUUACAUAUAUUGACUGUUUACUGUAUGACUGAAUAUCUGAUGUUAUUUAAGGACAACAGUUUCUAGUGACAACCAGUAGAUACACUUAGAUCACUGCCCAGGAACCUUGAGGUGGUUCUCUCUUUUUCCACCAUCUCUCUCUGCCCCCCACUCCUCCCUCCUUCUCUCUAUCAUUUGCUUAUUUGCUGAUGUAUCUGAGUGACUUAGUGAUUCUCUGCCCUCUCCCCCAGACCCCCCCAUGGUGACCCUGUCCAUCGAGCCUCGCUCCGUCCUAGAGGGGGACAGAGUCACCUUCACCUGCGCCGCCUCUGCCAACCCUCCUAUCAUGGGAUACAUGUACUGUAUACCUCUGUCUACCUCUAUACAUCUGUUGAUCUGUCUGUCUAUCUAUAUGUCCACCUAUAUCACUAGCUGUGCAUUAGCCCAGCUGGAUAGAAUCUAUCUAUUUGGGUAUGUUUCAUGUGUUAUUUGUUGUGAGCAAGUGUUUGGCCAAUGCGGGAAUCAAACCCACAACUCUGGCAGUACAUGUCUAUUCAUACAAUAUGUAUGUUCUUUCUUAGGUGGGCUAAGGGUGGAGUGAUCCUGCAGGGAGCCAGAGAGAGUGUGUUCACCACCAAAGCUGAUCACUCCUUCUUCACAGAGCCAGUGUCCUGCUCAGUGUUCAAUGCUGUGGGUAAAACCAACGUCAGCAUCCUGGUCGAUGUACACUGUGAGUCUGACUGAACCUCCAUGGCUGGCAAAUACUCUGUCAGGGGUGAAAGUAAGGUGGUACGUUCCGGUACAGUUCGGUACAGCGUCCCGGCAAAAUAAAUAGUGGGGGUACGCCGUACCGGUAAAACAUGAGCCUAUCACAAUAAUUAAAACAACAUUUCAAGAAAACUGUAGGUUAUUACCCCAUUAUUUAUCAUUAGGCUACCGCAUGUCAGAGGCAUGAAAAAUGAGUGAAUGGACUUGAAAAUGGUUGGUAUAGCCUACGCUCCAAAAUACGAUGUGGUUCGACGAGAACACUGACGUUUUGCCAAGGCAGAGAUGAAUGGCUGACAUCGAGACGCGCGCGGACAGCAGUGGAUGCAUAAAUUCUGGCCUAAUGACAAUCACCAAAAUGUCAUUACACUUUGUGUUUUUUUACAUAAAAUAUGUAUUUUUCCAUUCACCACUGUUUGGAGACUGGAAAUAUGCUGCGAGUGGAUGAACGUGCUAGGGUAGCCUACUAAAGGAGGUCUUUGAAGUGAUUGUUUGACAAUCAGAUGAAAACAUCAUGACUGGUUGUGCCACAGUAAAAGGUAAUACAUUUUAAAAGUUAAAUGACAAAUCUUUACGACUAGGCCCACAGAGAUCCUAUUGAAAUAAUAUGGAUUCUGCUGUAUAUGUAAUUCUAUGAUUAAGCGUGUGCACACACAGGAGGUUCCAAACCGGGAAGAAAUUAAAUCUACUUACACCCCUGACUGUUAGUCUCUUCUCGAUCUCAAUCUCCCCUCAUACUGUAUCCCCAUCUCCUAAACCUAGUCAUCUAUACUCUCCUCGCUCUCUCGCUCUCUCUCUCUCUCCUCUCUCUCUCUCUCUCUCUCUUCUCUCUCUGCUCUCUCUCUCUCUCUCUCUCUCUCUCUCUCUCUCUCUCUCUCUCUCCUCUCUCUCUCUCUCUCCUCUCUCCUCUCUCUCUCUCUCUCUCUCUCUCUCUCUCUCUCUCUCUCUCUCUCUCUCUCUCCAUUGGUCCUAUCCUGGUAGUGGAGCCUAGGCCAGUGACUGUGGACAUAGACUCUGAUGUCACUCUGAACUGCAAAUGGGCUGGCAACCCUCCUCUCACCCUCACCUGGACCAAGAAGGGCUCCAACAUGGUGAGAACCAGCUCUCUCUCUAACUCCUCUACUCUCCUUUCUUUUGCUGUCUGUAUCUUUAUAGUCUCCCUCUCUCUUCUAUUCCUUUGUCUCUAUUCUUUUUUGCUCCCGUGCUCUGUCCAUCUCUCUCUUUCUCUUGGCAUUUUCCUGAUCCCCCCCCCCCCCCUCCGCUUCUCUCCUCCAUCUGUCUCUCUCUCUCUGACUUCUUCACCUCUGUCCGUCGCUAUUUUAUUCUCUUUUUCAUUCCUUCAGUGUCCAUUUCUCGCUCUCAUCCUAAUCUCUUUCUAUCUUUUUAUAGUCCCCCUCUCUCUUCUAUCCCUUCCUUCUUCACCUCCUCCUGUUUUUAGCGCAGGUUGAGGUUUAUUGUCAUAAUCUUGCCUUGGAGGCAGAACUGAGUGAUUUCUGCUAGAUGGGACAACUACAAAGUAAAAAAAAAUCCAUUCUGUCAAAAUUACGUUUUUUGUUUUGCUUUAAGGUUAGGGUUACGCUAGCCUCGUCCCGAAACAGGCUUCCCUUAAACGGGGAGCCUGGGCGGGAAGCCUGGGGAAGUUCCAUGGAGGAAAUCAGCUAAAGAGGGGUCGGAACCGGGUAUAAAUCAGUGACACCGCGUAACACGCCAUACCAAUCAAAUGCCUUGCUUACAUCACAGAAGAUUGAAAUAUAACAAAACUUAGACAUAGAAACACCUGAUUUCCGUUGUUUAAAAACGUUUGUUUUAUUUGAUUAAUUAUGAAAUUAUGAAAAACCAGUGGUGGAAAAAGUACCCAUAAUUUUCUUUAGGAAUGUAGUGAAGUAAAAGUAAAAUUUGUCAGAAAUAUUAAUAGCACAGUAAAGUACACAUACCCCCAAAAACUACUUAAGUAGUGCUUUCAACUAUUUUUACUUAAGUACUUUACACCACUGUGAAAAAUAUUAAUAACAUUCCACCCAUGAGGCCAAAGAGGGCGUUUUUGGUCAUUGACUGCAGGAAAAAGGGCAACUUAACAUUGACACUAGUUCAUUUUGAAAAUAUUGUUUAACAAUUAAAACAAGUUUAAAUACAAUUAAGAUAACUUGUUUGUAAAGAUUAGACAUCUUAGUCUAAACAACAGUAGAUCAUUGAGUAGUAACAAAUAGGCUAUUAUUACUAAAGCAUCAUUUCAGGUGGCCAACCUUGCUCCACUGAUCCCUGAUCUACUGGGUGAGCAGACUUCUAUUCCAGCCCAGCAAUAGCACACUUCAUUAUCAACUGAAUCAGGUGUGUUAUUGCUGGGCUGGAAUUGGCCUGCUCCAAUUGUAAUAGGUUUAUACAUUCUGUGUGAUGUUUAACUGUAUUUUUGGAUACAACAUUUUCUAACAUAGGUAGGCCUACACAUACAGUGCAUUCUGAAACUAUUCAGACCCCUUUACUUUUUCCACAUUUUGUUACGUUACAUCCUUAUUCUAAAAUGUUUUUGUAUUUUUUAUAAUCCUCAGCAAUCUACACACAAUAUCCCAUAAUGGCAAAGCGAAAACAGUUUUUAAACUUUUUUUUGUACAUUUAUAUACAGUGAGGGAAAAAAGUAUUUGAUCCCCUGCUGAUUUUGUACAUUUGCCCACUGACAAAGACAUGAUAAGUCUAUAAUUUUAAUGGUAGGUUUAUUUUAACAGUGAGAGACAAAAUAACAACAAAAAAAUCCAGAAAAACGCAUGUCAAAAAUGUUAUAAAUUGAUUUGCAUUUUAAUGAGUGAAAUAAGUAUUUGACCCCUCUGCAAAAAAAGACUUAGUACUUGGUGGCAAAACCCUUGUUGGCAAUCACAGAGGUCAGACGUUUCUUGUAGUUGGCCACCAGGUUUGCACACAUCUCAGGAGGAAUUUUGUCCCACUCCUCUUUGCAGAUCUUCUCCAAGUCACUAAGGCUGACGUUUGGUAACUCGAACCUUCAGCUCCCUCCACAGAUUUUCUAUGGGAUUAAGGUCUGGAGACUGGCUAGGCCACUCCAGGACCUUAAUGUGCUUCUUCUUGAGCCACUCCUUUGUUGCCUUGGCCGUGUGUUUUGGGUCAUUGUCAUGCUGGAAUACCCAUCCACGACCCAUUUUCAAUGCCCUGGCUGAGGGAAGGAGGUUCUCACCCAAGAUUUGACGGUACAUGGCCUCGUCCAUCGUCCCUUUGAUGCGGUGAAGUUGUCCUGUCCCCUUAGCAGAAAAACACCCCCAAAGCAUAAUGUUUCCACCUCUAUGUUUGACGGUGGGGAUGGUGUUCUUGGGGUCAUAGGCAGCAUUCCUCCUCCUCCAAACACGGCGAGUUGAGUUGAUGCCAAAGAGCUCGAUUUUGGUCUCAUCUGACCACAACACUUUCACCCAGUUCUCCUCUGAAUCAUUCAGAUGUUCAUUGGCAAACUUCAGACGGGCCUGUAUAUGUGCUUUCUUGAGCAGGGGGACCUUGCGGGCGCUGCAGGAUUACAGUCCUUCACGGCGUAGUGUGUUACCAAUUGUUUUCUUGGUGACUAUGGUCCCAGCUGCCUUGAGAUCAUUGACAAGAUCCUCCCGUGUAGUUCUGGGCUGAUUCCUCACCUUUCUCAUGAUCAUUGUAACUCCACGAGGUGAGAUCUUGCAUGGAGCCCCAGGCCGAGGAAGAUUGACAGGUAUUUUGUGUUUCUUCCAUUUGUGAAUAAUCGCACCAACUGUUGUCACCUUCUCACCAAGCUGCUUGGUGAUGGUCUUGUAGCCCAUUCCAGCCUUGUGUAGGUCUACAAUCUUGUAAUUGACAUCCUUGGAGAGCUCUUUGGUCUUGGCCAUGGUGGAGAGUUUGGAAUCUGAUUGAUUGAUUGCUUCUGUGGACAGGUGUCUUUUAUACAGUGGGGGAAAAAAGUAUUUAGUCAGCCACCAAUUGUGCAAGUUCUCCCACUUAAAAAGAUGAGAGAGUGCUGUAAUUUUCAUCAUAGGUACACGUCAACUAUGACAGACAAAUUGAGGGAAAAAAAUCCAGAAAAUCACAUUGUAGGAUUUUUUAUGAAUUUAUUUGCAAAUUAUGGUGGAAAAUAAGUAUUUGGUCACCUACAAACAAGCAAGAUUUCUGGCUCUCCUGGAGUGGCCUAGCCAAUCUCCAGAUCUCAACCCCAUAGAAAAUCUUUGGAGGGAGCUGAAAGUCCGUGUUGCCCAGCGACAGCCCCAAAACAUCACUGCUCUAGAGGAGAUCUGCAUGGAGGAAUGGGCCAAAAUACCAGCAACAGUGUGUGAAAACCUUGUGAAGACUUACAGAAAACGUUUGACCUGUGUCAUUGCCAACAAAGGGUAUAUAACAAAGUAUUGAGAAACUUUUGUUAUUGACCAAAUACUUAUUUUCCACCAUAAUUUGCAAAUAAAUUCAUAAAAAAUCCUACAAUGUGAUUUUCUGGAUUUUUUUUUCUCAUUUUGUCUGUCAUAGUUGACGUUUGUCUGUCAUAGUUGACGUGUACCUAUGAUGAAAAUUACAGGCCUCUCUCAUCUUUUUAAGUGGGAGAUCUUGCACAAUUGGUGGCUGACUAAAUACUUUUUUUCCCCACUGUACAGGUAACAAGCUGAGAUUAGCAGCACUCCCUUUAAGAGUGUGCUCCUAAUCUCAGCUCGUUACCUGUAUAAAAGACACCUGGGAGCCAGAAAUGUUUCUGAUUGAGAGGGGGUCAAAUACUUAUUUCCCUCAUUAAAAUGCAAAUAAAUUUAUAACAUUUUCGACAUGCGUUUUUCUGGAUUUUGUUGUUGUUAUUCUGUCUCUCACUGUUCAAAUAAACCUACCAUUAAAAUUAUAGACUGAUCAUUUCUUUGUCAGUGGGCAAACGUACAAAAUCAGCAGGGGAUCAAAUACUUUUUUCCCUCACUGUACAUAAAAAAAAGGUUACUCAACUGGCAGCUUCAUUAAAUACUGCCUGCAAAACACCAGUCUCAACGUCAACAGUGAAGCGGCGACUCCAGGAUGCUGACCUUCUAGGCAGAGUUGCAAAGAAAAAGCCAUAUCUCAGACUGCCCAUCUUAAUCUUUUCUUUUUAUUGGCCAGUCUGAGAUAUGGCUUUUUAUUUGCAACUCUGCUUAGAAGGUCAGCAUCCCGGAGUCGCCUCUUCACUGUUGACGUUGAGACUGGUGUUUUGCGGGUACUAUUUAAUGAAGCUGCCAGUUGAGGACCUGUGAGGCGUCUGUUUCUCAAACUAGACACUCUAAUGUAUUUGUCCUCUUGCUCAGUUGUGCACCGGGGCCUCCCACUCCUCUUUCUAUUCUGGUUAGAGCCAGUUUGCACUGUUCUGUGAAGGGAGUAGUACACAGCCUUGUACGAGAUCUUCAGUUUCUUGGCAAUUUCUCGCAUGGAAUAGCCUUCAUUUCUCAGAACAAGAAUAGACUGACGAGUUUCAGAAGAAAGUUUCUGAAACAGUUUUCAACUGCGCUAACAUAAUUGCAAAAUGGUUUUCUAAUGAUCAAUUAGCCUUUUAAAAUGAUAAACUUGGAUUAGCAAACACAACGUGCCAUUGGAACACAGGACUGAUGGUUGCUGAUAAUGGGCCUCUGUACGCCUAUGUAGAUAUUCCAUUAAAAUUCAGCCGUUUCCAGCUACAAUAGCCAUUUACAACAUUAACAAUGUCUACACUGUAUUUUGGAUCAAUUUUAUGUUAUUUUAAUGUACAAAAAAAAUGCUUUUCUUUCGAAAACAAGGACAUUUCUAAGUGACCCCAAACUUUUGAAUGGUAGUGUAUGUACAUGUGAUAUUUCAUUUUAUUUGAUAAAUUAGCAAACAUUUCUAAAAAACUGUUUUUGCUUUGUCAUUAUGGGGUAUUGUGUGUAGAUUGAUGAGGGAAAAACAAUUUAAUCAAUUUUAGAAUAAGGCUGUAACGUAAUAAAAUGUGGAAAAAGUCAAGUGGUCUGAAUACUUUCCGAAGGCACUGUAUAACCCAUGGCAUAUAGGAUAUACCCUUAGUCUCUUGGGACUUCUUUCUCUUCAUCUGCAAACAGGCUUACACAGCUUUCUGAAGACAGAAAACAUCACAAAGAAACAGGCUUCAUUAUACUCAAAUUAGACAGCACUGAAUACUAUGUUGCUAUUAUCUCUCUGUCCUCUAAAGUUUUCCCCUCUAGGGACUGGAACUGGAGAAUCUUUUCACAAUGUCCUCCCACAAAGUGACCUGCCCUAUCCAGUAGCCUACACUCUCCCUUUACUGAUCGCUGGAGCUACAAUUUCACCCUCUUCCAUGGUUGUUAUCUACAAAUGCAUUUGUAUUUUUAAUUUUCAAUAAUUACAUCAAGAUUGCUAGUUAUAGGAAGUUAGCUGGCUGAUGACAUUUAAUUCACUAAACUAAACAGUGUGUAAAAUUAGCUAGCAAGCAGCUCAGUUGAGUUGGCCUACUGUAGCCAGCUAGCUAGCUAGCUAAUAUUAUAUAUAUAUAUUUUUUACAUUUAAGAAAUUUAUUUACUGGCACUGCCUCCUUUUCUUGGGUCCUUACAAAAACAAAAUAAUGGGCAUCUUCAUGAUAUUUUCUGUGGUAGAAUGGAAACAACUAAAGAAGUCUGUCACCAGAGCGGUUUAGAACGUGUUGUGACGUUUACCUUUACCAGCGUAAUCCACUUUAAAUUUCAAUACAUAUAAAUCACACACUGUCAGCCGCACUUGAUAACUUGAAAACUAGCACUUAAAGCUAACAUGGGCAACAACAACAACUACCCGGACGGAACACAGUGACGCACUUAACACACAGCACCCCUUCUACGGGCGUGUGGGGGGAGGAUCCAAUCAAAAUCGGACCGUUCAAAAAGUGUUUGCAAUACAAAAUUCUCCAGACCUCCAAGGGUGGUUUGACAAUGACAUGAUUUUGGAGGUAUGGCAAUGCAAGACUAGUGUUAGGCAUUAGGGUUAGCAGUGUAGUUAAGGUUAGGGUUAGGAUAGAAAUGUGAUUUUAUGACUUUGUGGCUGUGCCAGCUAGUGACCACUCUGCAGAGCUGCCUUCAGUAAAUGAGUCAUCCCAAUAAAUGGAAGGAAAGUAGAAUGGUUUCAUCAUCGCACUCCUCUUUUCUUCUGUUUAUCUCGUUCUCUCUGUUUGUCCCUGAUUCCCUCUCUCUCUCCAUCCCUUAUAGGUUCUUAGUAAUAACAACCAGCUGUUCCUGAAGUCAGUGAGCCAGGCGGACGCUGGGCAGUACGUGUGUAAGGCCAUCGUCCCCAGGAUCGGAGUGGGAGAGACAGAGGUCACUCUCACUGUCAACGGUACAUAACACCGAAGAACACACACAACAGUACCCUCUUAGAAAAAAGGGUUCCGAAAGGGUUCUACAUGGAACCCAAAAGGGUUCUUCAAAGGGUUCAAAUAACCCUUUUAGGUUCUAGGUAGAAACUUUUUUUCUAAGAGUGUAGAUAAUAAAUACUGGUGCUAUAUGGAAUAUAACACCCCCUCACACUUUCUCUCUCUCUUUCUCUCUCUCUUUCUAUCCAGGUCCCCCCAUCAUCUCCAGUGAGCCUGUUCAGUAUGCGGUGAGGGGGGAGAGAGGAGAGGUCAAAUGCUACAUCGCCAGCACACCUCCACCAGACAAGAUUGUAAGUGGACAGUUGAUACUCUACAAACUCUACUGCAAGCUUAUACAUGACCACAUGACCACCUAUACAUUAUUGUCAUCGUGAGACUGACAUAGUCGACACUCUAUCAGCGGUUCCCAAACUUUUAUGUCUUGUGACAGCCAUCAAAAUCUUUUGGAAUUGUCCUGAGACCCACCAAGUAAACAAACCCAAUGUUUCUAGCUGGGGACACUUCUAUCUCCUUCACUCCACUUGUCUCUCUGGUCUGGAUGCACUCAGACAGUGUCUGUGUCUGAAAUGGCACCCUAUUCCCUACAUAGUGCACCCAAUGGGCCCUGGUCAAAAGUAGUGCACUGUAUAGGGAAUAGGAUGCCAUUUUGGAUGCAGUCAGUGUGUAGUUGGUCUCGUCCUCCACUCCUCUCCUCUCUAAACCUUGUGAGUUUAAUUCUCUCUGACGCACCAGGCUGCCUCUCUAAUGCAAGGACAGAAAAAGAGUUAUAAAAUAUGAAGUACAGGAAUGGCAGGAACAGUUGUCCAGGCAAAUUCCUCCGCCAGAGUUUCUCGUUUUUCAGAAUAAAUGGUAGAUUAUGGGAACAUGUGGCCUUAUGCAUUUUUAAAUACUCUCUCAUACUUCAGUGUGAAUAAUAGCUUUUAGUGGGUUGGAAGUUGAGGAAGUGUGUAAGAUUCUCACCAACUCUAAAACCACUACAUGUAACUCUAAAGUCCAAGAAUAGAGCGAUAUAACUGCUUGGAACUGUUGCUGUUGGUUGUGUGUGAAUCUCAUAAUGUGGGCAUUGUAAGUGUGUGUGAAUGUUUUGGGAUGUAUGUGCUUGUUUGUUUACUUUAGUGUGUGUGUGUCUUUAAGUGUGUGUGUGUGUGUGUCUUUCUGUAUACUGUACAUAUGUGUCUACAGUGGCAGACUUACCAUUAGACAACUCAGGCAAUUGCCUGGGGCCUCACAUCAUCAGGGGUCUCGUGAACUUGCCAUCAUUUUGUUUAUUAAUACAUCAUGUCUCUGUUAUCUUUCCUUCUUCUUCUGCUUGAGGCCCUCCUCCGAUGUGCGCUAUUUAGAGUGACCGUCUCUGGUUGUGACAAACGGAGUGGAUUCUUUUUUCUUCCUCUGAAUUCUGCUCUAGCUUUUGAAUGGUUGGGUCCAUAAGCUAUUAUGACCCCAUUCCUGAAAGCUAAGACUCUUUCUAUUUCCCUCUACGACACUCACAAGCUGUGCAGGACAUGUUAGAAAGGACUGUGACAAAACCGCAAUUGAAAACAAUGCAUGUCUUUUUUUCUACACACACAAUUAUUACUUGAUGAACAUUCAAAUAUAUUUUUUAUCCAUAUCACUCACUUUGUGAUGCCAAUUAAAAAUUGUUACACCUUUCCCAAAAUGAUUGCCCACCACUGUACUAAAUGGUGAUGCAAAGACCUUUACUAGUGAAGGGUAUUUCAAGUCUUUUCAGUUAGCCUUUUCGUUCUGCUUCGUUCACCUAAAAGAGCCAGCUCCGUACAGCUCUUCAUUCAGUAGCCAUGGGGGGGCCUCAGACUGGCCUCUACCUGGGGCCUCCAAAUCACUAAGUCCACCCCUGUGUGCGUACUCCUCUAAAUGUGCGUAUGUACAUCUAUGCAUAUAUGUGUUUGUGCAUAAUGCAUGUGUGUGUCAGUGCACAUACAGUAUAGGAUAUGGGUGUGUGUUAAUGUGCGCCUGCCUGCCUGUGUUCCAGGUGUGGGCGUGGAAAGAGAACGUAUGGGAGAAGGAGAAGGGGACUCUGUUGGAGAGGUACACGGUGGAGCAGAGUAAACCUCUGUCUGAGGGAGGGGCUGUCCUCUCCACCCUCACCAUCAACAACGUCAUGGAGGCUGACUUCCUGUCCACCUACAACUGUACUGCCUGGAACUCCUUCGGACCCGGGACCAUGAUCAUCACCCUGGAAGAGACCGGUACGACUAGAGACAAACAACAACAACAACAACAACACCAUUAUAUUCAUACUCCUAACUUGAUACGACCAGACAUCCCUCCUCAAAAAUAACAACAACAACAAUAACCACCAUAUAUAUUCAUGCCUGCUCUAUUACAAUGUUUUAGCUGAAUCGGCAUGUUGUAUAAACAGCUAACUGAACGCUAUUGCAUUGACCACUUACAUUUUUCUGUAACAUUUCUCUCUCCGUCUCUCUCUCUCCUCCCUCUCUCUCGCUAACUGUCUCUCUCUCUCUCUCUCUCUCUCUUCCCUCUCUCUCUCUCCCCCUCCCUCUGUCUCUCUCUAUUCCCUCUCUCAGAGGAGGUCCCAGUGGGUAUAAUAGCAGGAGGAACUGUUGGCUGCACCAUCCUGCUGUUCCUGUGUUUACUAGUCCUGGUGCUCAUCUUCUACCGACAGCGCAAAGGCAGUGAGUGACACCUCCAUCUACUGCACACAGAUCAACCAAAUAGGAAAUAUAAUAAUAUGCCAUUUAGCAGACGCUUUUAUCCAAAGCGACUUACAGUCAUGCGUGCAUAAAUUUUUGUGUAUGGGUGGUCCCGGGGAUCGAACCCACUACCUUGGCGUUACAAGCGCCGUGCUCUACCAGCUGAGCUACAGAGGACCACAAUAUCAAACACAUACACCUGUAAAAUACAGUAGCAAACACAUACAAAUACAUAUUUCACAUACCCAUGCCUUGAAAACAUCAUAUACACCUGAACUUCCUCAAAAAGCAAUAUAUUAUUCACAUGUUUACACUUACAUUAAAUACAUACAUAUACUUAAACAUAUACAGUACAUAAACAUACACAUACUGUAUCUAAAUCACUAUACCCUGACAUAUAUCCAGCAGUAUUCAACUGUGUGCUGUGCUGUUGUGUUGUGCUUCCAGGUCGUCGCGGGGUCACGCUGGGUAAACCAGACAUCAAGGUAGAGACAAUAAACAAGGAGACCCACAGUCUGGAGGAGGACUCCGGCAGCGUUUCCACGGCAUCACGCAUGGUCAAGGCCAUGUACUCGGUGAGUCGCCAUGACAACGCUACAGCAGGUUGCCUUGAACUUUGCUGGCUUUGGUUUAUGUUACCCAAGUUUCCCCUCAGGCGAUAACUAAAGUUUUUUCAAUAAUUCCAACGACGCCUCAACUCUGAAGCUAUCACCUUACAGCUAACCCUUUAACAGAAAUGCACAAUUUAUUUUUCUGUCAUAUCAACUUUUGCUGUUCUAUCUUUUCAAUCACAAUACUCAGAAUUUUUUACACUUUUCAACUUAAAAUUCGAUCUGUCACUUUCUCUUCCUUACCUCUUCUUUUUAUUUUUUAUUCUUCGGUCCCCCGCCCCCCCCCCCCUCUUAUGUUGGAUUCCUCCCCACCUUUGUUGUUUUUUCGUUGUUUGAUGGUUUAGUUUCUGCCCUCUUCUGUAUCCUUCUCUCCCUCCUCUCAGCCCUUUAAAGAUGAUAUAGAAUUGAAACAGGACCUACGUAGCGACACGUUAGACACUCGCCAGGAGUACGACCUGAAGGUGAGAUCAUCUUACACACGUGCCUUCAGAAAGUAUUCACACCCCUUGACUUAUUCCACAUUUUGUUGUGUUACAGCCUGAAUUCAAAAUGGAUUCAAUAUAUUUUUCUCUCACCCAUCUACACACAAUACCCCAUAAUGACAAAGUGAAAAUAUGUUUUUUUAGAAAAGUUUAUUGAAAAUGAAAUACAGAAAUAUCUCAUUUACAUAAGUAUUCACAUCCCUGAGUCAAUACUUUGUAGAAGCACCUUUGGCCGCGAUUACAGCUUUCAGUCGUCUUGGGUAUGUCUGUAUCAGCUUCACACAUCUGGAUUUGGGGAUUUCUCCCAUUCUUCUGUGGAGAUUUCCUCACGCUCUGUUAAGUUAGAUGGGGAGCGGCGGUAGGGACGGUGAAAGACGGGUGAUGAGCUGUUUUCUCCACACAUAGCGCUUUGCAUUCAGGCCAAAGAGUUCCAUUUUUGUCUUAACAGACCACAGAAUCUUUUGCCUUAUGCUCUCAGAGUCUUUCACGUGCCUUUUUGCAAACUCCAGGCGUGCUGUCAUAUGCUUUUUUCUCAGGAGUGGCUUCCAUCUGGCCACUCUCCCAUAAAGCCCAGAUUGGUGAAGUGCUGUAGAGAAACUCUGUAGGUCUGUCAGAGUGGUCAUUGGGUUCUUGGUCACCUCCAUAUUUCUUAAAUUUCCCAAUGAUGGAGACCACUGUGCUCUUUGAAACUUUCAACACUCUAGAAAAUAUUGAAUGCCCUUCCGCAGAUAUAUGCCUCAUCACAAUUCUAUCUCUGAGAUUUACGGACAGUAUAGUUUCUGCUCUGACAUGCGCUGUCAACUGUGGUACCUUACAGUGCAUUCGGAAAGUAUUCAGACCCCUUGACUUUUUCCACAUUUUGUUACGUUACAGCCUUAUUCUGUAGAUUGAUCUCCUCAUCAAUCUACACACAAUACCCCUUAAUGACAAAGCGAAAACAGGUUUUUAGAAAUGUUUGCAAAUUCAUUACAAAUAAAAAACUGAAAUGCCUAAUUUACAUAAGUAUUCAGACCCUUUGCUAUGAGACUCGAAAUUGAGCUCCUGUUUCCAUUGAUCAUCAUUGAGAUGUUUCUACAACUUGAUUGGAGUCCACCUGUGGUAAAUUCAAUUGAUUGGACAUGAUUUGGAAAGGCACACACCUGUCUAUAUAAGGUCCCACAGUUGAAAGUGCAUGUCCGAGCAAAAUUGAUAGUCCCCAAAAACACAGUGGCCUCCAUUAUUCUUAAAUGGAAGAAGUUUGAAACCACAGAGACUCUUCCUAGAGCUGGCUACCCGGUCAAACUGAGCAAUCGGGGGAGAAGGGCCUUGGUCAGGGAGGUGACCAAGAACCCGAUGGUCACUCUGACAGAGCUCCAGAGUUCCUAUGUGGAGAUGAGAGAAUCUUCCAGAAGGACAACCAUCUCUGCAGCACUCCACCAAUCAGGCCUUUAUGGUAGAGUGGCCAGACGGAAGCCACUCCUCAGUAAAAGGCACAUGACAACCCGCUUGGAGUUUGCCAAAAGGCACCUAAAGGACUCUCAGUCCAUGAGAAACAAGAUUCUCUGGUCUGAUGAAACCAAGAUUGAACUCAUUGGCCUGAAUGCCAAGCGUCACGUCUGGAGGAAACCUGGCACCAUCCCUACGGUGAAGCAUUGUGGUGGCAGCAUCAUGCUGUGGGGAUGUUUUUCAGCGGCAGGGACUGGGAGACUAGUCAGGAUCGAGGCAAAGAUGAGCGGAGCAAAGUACAGAGAGAUCCUUGAUGAAAACCUGCUCCAGAGCGCUCAGGACCUCAGACUGGGGCGAAGGUUCCCCAUCCAACAGGACAACGACCCUAAGCACACAGCCAAGACAACACAGGAGUGGCUUCGGGACAAGUCUCUGAAUGUCCUUGAGUGGCCCAGCCAGAGCCCGGACUCGAACACAAUCGAACAUCUCUGGAGAGACCUGAAAAUAGCUGUGCAGCGACGCUCCCCAUCCAACCUGACAGAGCUUGAGAGAAUCUGCAGAGAACAAUGGGAGAAACUCCCCAAAUACAGGUGUGCCAAGCAUGUAGCGUCAUACCCAAGAAGACUCAAGGCUGUAAUCGCUGCCAAAGGUGCUUCAACAAAGUACUGAGUAAAGGGUCUGAAUACUUAUGUAAAUGUGAUAUUUCUGGUUUUUUUAUUUUUUAUACAUUUGCUAAAAUUUCUAAAAACCUGUUUUUGCUUUGUCAUUAUGGGGUAUUGUGUGUAGAUUGAUGAGGAUUUGUUUUUAAAAUCAAUUUUAGAAUAGGGCUGUAAUGUAACAAAAUGUGGGAAAAGUCAAGGUGUCUGAAUACUUUCCGAAUGCACUGUAUAUAGGCAGGUGUGUUUCUUUAUAAAUCAUAUCCAAACAAUUGAAUUGGCAACAGGUGGACUCCAACAAGUGGACUCUAAUCAAGUUGUAGUGACAUCUCAAGAAUGAUCAAAGGAAAUUGGAUGCACCUAAGCUCAAUUUGGAGUGUCAUAGCAAACGGGUGUGAAUACUUAUGUAAAUGAAAUAUUUCUGUAUUGCAUUUUCAAUAAUUUUGCAAACAUAUCUAAAAACAUGUUUUCACUUUGUCAUUAAGGGGUAUUAUGUGUAGAUGGGUGACAAACAAAUCUGUUUAAUCCAUUUUGAAUUCAGGCUGUAACACAACUAAAUGUGGAAUAAGUUAAGGGGUACAAAUACUGUCACACACACACACACACACACACAGACACACAUACACACACACACAUACACACACACACACACACACACACACACACACACACACACACACAUUAGUUACAAUAUGUUUUCUAAUCUCUCUCUCUCCAGGACCCCACCAACGGCUACUACAAUGUGCGUGCCUCCUCCCACGACGAGGGUCGCCCCGCCUCCCGCUCCAUGCACUACUCCGACUACCGGCCCUCCAACACCCCAGGGGGAGCUGCCUCUGUCAGCAGCAGUGCUGGAGGAUCAGGGGCCACGGCCAGCGGAGGAGGCCCUCCAGGCCCAGGGCCCCUCUCCACCCCCGGUCGCCCCAGCUGCUACGACCCCCGGCCCCCCUCCAGACUCUCCCACAACAGCUACGCCCAGUUCAACACCUUCACCCGUGCUGGGCAGAGCCAGCAGCCCCCUCCCAACCCCCCGCCGCAGACCAGCGACUUCCCUGGAGACUGCAGCCUGUUGGACUCCCCUCAGCUGGCCUACGACAACUACGGCUAUCCCUCUCACUCCUAUACCCCCUACCGCAUGGGCUUCGCCCCACCCAAUCUGGCUCCGUUGGAAGCCGGGCCUUCCUAUGAGAUGUAUGGGGUGGGGCCGGGGGUGGGGCCUGGGCCGGGGGUGGGGCCUGGUGUGGGGGUGGGGCCGGGGGCAACUCCGUCAGGGUCAGAGACUGGACUGGGG